AUGCAUGAAGGAGUUGCUAACCAAGAAGAAUCCCUUAAAGGGUGGCAGACAGUAGUUAUGACUAAAGAGUGCAGUGCCCUUAUCCAGAAGGAUUUGCCUACAAAGAAGAAGGAUCCAGGGAGUUUCUACAUCCCUUGUGCUAUAUGGGAUACAAUGAUUAACAGAGGAUUUUGUAAUCUCGGAGUGAGCAUAAAUUUAAUGCCCCUGUCUCUUAUGAGGAAGCUACAAAUCAAUGAGUUGAAAUCCACAAACAUGAGCCUUCAACUAGCUGACAAGGCCCAGAAACAAGUACUAGGUGUGAUUGAAAAUGUGCUGGUGAAGGUAGGAAAGUACUUUUUUCCUACAAACUUUGUUGUUCUUGAGAUGGAAGAAAGCUAUCUUCACCCAAUCAUUCUGAGGAGACCAUUCUUUGCCACAGCCAAAGCACUCAUAGAUGUUGAGAAAGGGGAGUUGAUAUUGAGAAUACAUGAAGAAUAA